CCAGUGGUGAGAUGAUUGUCAUAUGACAUUCACGCACACAUCCAUAUCCUUCUAAACGCUUACUCACUCUCUUCAUCUCUCAUUCUAUCUUAUUUCGUCUGCUCUUACUGACUUAUCUUUCUUCUCUCUAUUCCACAAUGGAAAAGCAUCUGUUCAAUCUCAAGUUUGCUGCUAAACAAAUGGCAAGGGAAGCUAAGAAAUGUGAAAAGGCUGAGAAAGAAGAGAAAGCAAAGUUAAAGAAAGCAUUAGCUAAAGGUAAUGUUGAGGGUGCUAGGAUCCAUGCAGAGAAUGCCAUCAGACAGAAGAACCAGGGGCUUAACUUCCUUAGAAUGAGUGCGAGGGUGGAUGGUGUUGCGAGUCGUGUUCAGACUGCUGUGACAACGAAAAAUGUAACUAAAGCAUUGGGCGGUGUCGUUAAAAGUAUGGAGUCAGCCAUGAAAUCAAUGAAUUUGGAGAAAAUUUCAAAACUCAUGGAACAAUUUGAACGAGACUUUGAGCAUUUGGACGUACAAACACAGACCAUGGAUGAGGCCAUGAGUGGAGUCACUACUUUAACUAUCCCUGAGGACCAAGUUCAAGGCUUAAUGGAACAAGCUCGUGAUGAAGCUGGAUUGGAGCUUGAUUUGGAGCUACCUACUGCUGGGACAGCUACUCAUACCAGUGCAGAACAGGAUGAGUUAACUGCUCGGCUGGCCCAACUAAGAAAUUCAUAAUACGUAUACAAUGCUAACUCAUAAUGUUGCUUUUAUCCUCUACAGUAAACAUAUUUUAAUUUAAAUUGUAUAUUUAAUUCUUUUGUCUCUCAUUGUGUCUGUGUCCAUUUGAAUAUUAUGGAAUGUACCGUAGUCAAACUAGA